UUAAAAACCAUGCAGUUCGACUCUCCAGAAUACCGUAAGAUUUUCACGCCAGAGUUGAAGAAGUUGAUAGAUUUGUUUGAUAAACAUGGAUUUGAGUUAAGGAUAGCAGGUGGGGCUGUGCGAGAUUUAAUGAUGGGUAAAGAACCAGCUGAUAUAGAUUUUGCUACGACAGCCACCCCUGAUCAGAUGAAAGAAAUGUUUGAGAAGGAAGAAAUUCGAAUGAUCAACAAUAAAGGUGAAAAACAUGGAACUAUAACAGCAAGGAUAAAUGAGAAGAAUUUUGAAGUGACUACAUUACGUAUUGAUGUAGUAACAGAUGGACGUCACGCUGAGGUAGAAUUUACUAGAGAUUGGAAACUUGAUGCUAAUAGACGAGAUCUCACCAUUAAUGCCAUGUUUCUAGGUUUUGAUGGAACUAUAUAUGAUUAUUUUAAUGGUAAAAGAGAUUUAGCCCAGAGAAAGGUGACGUUUGUGGGAAAUGCUGAAGAAAGAAUUCAAGAAGAUUAUUUGAGAAUUUUAAGAUAUUUUAGGUUUUAUGGGAGAAUAGCAAAGGAACCUUAUAAUCAUGACAAAAUUACUUUAGAUUCUAUUAAAAGAAAUAUGGAUGGAUUGAGACGUAUAUCUGCAGAGAGAAUUUGGAUGGAAUUAAAGAAAAUAGUUUGUGGUAAUUAUGCUGGACAUAUUGUAGAUACUAUGAUCUCUCUAGGAAUGUCACAGUAUAUCGGUUUGCCAGAAAAUAGUAAUAUUGAAGAAUUUAAGAAAGUGUGUGCAUCAACAGAAGAGUUAAGUCCCCUGCCUAUGACUAGAAUGUCUGCUUUAUUUAAUGAAGAGCAGAAUGUGUAUGAAUUUAUGAAGAGUUUAAAAAUCUCCAAUGAGGAAUUAAAAUUAUCGUUGCUGAUUGUAAAAUUACGUGACGAUGACUUUGGUGAAAAUCCAAUGAAAUACUUUGGAAAUGUCUUAGUAGAUUCUCCAGGAAAAGAUACAAAACUAAAAGAACGUUUGUGUGAACUUAUCAAAUACAAGGGAAAUAAACAAUUAUUGAAAGAAUUUUCGGAGUGGUCUCCCCCUGUUCUACCAGUGAAGGGCCAUGAUUUGGUUCAGCGUGGAAUACCCAAAGGACCAAUAUUUGCAGAAAUGCUUGGAGAUCUGCGCCAAUUUUGGAAAGAGAGUAAUUUUACAGCCAGUAAAGAAGAAUUAUUACAACAAGUUGAUGAGAAAAUGAAAAAAAAGGGAUUAUGAUAAUGGUCUCUGUUGUGAGAACUAAGGACAGUAUUAGUCUGUAUUUGCCAUGCAUGUAUGACUAAUCUUAGUUAGUGCUUGGACACAUUUCAAUCAAUCUAGCUGCAGAAUUUUAGAAUAUUUGAAAUUAAAUGCUAUUUUGAAUAGACAGUAUGACAAACCCAGAUAGGAGCUUGACAGUCAAGGGCAAUACUCCCUUAUUUUUGUAUUGAACUCUUCCACGCAUGCACACAUUCAAUUAAUAUGAAACUGUUAGUGUAUGAGUGGAAGAGCACAUAUGAAAAAUAAGGGGUGUUUUGGAUGCCAAGCAAAUAAUAUGCAGAAAAUGUAAAUAUUGUUGAUUUUUGUGAUUAUUUUUUUCAUUCAUUAAUUUGUAUAAAAAAUAAAGACAUAAAAAUGAUAAAAAAAAAUGGAAUGAUAAUAUAUAUAUAUCAAUGAUAGAAAGGUUCACAACCAUCUUUUUUAAAGACAUUAUGAUUAUCAAGGCCGAAGGAUGUACGUGCUAAGUGCCCCUUAUCCCUUAUAUUUUUUGGAAAUCUUCUUCCAAACACCCAUAUUUUAUUUUCAUAACCCAUUUACAGGUUUUUGAUUUAAUCAAGGCCGUCAUUCGUUUGACAUAAGCAAGCAAAUGAUGCCUAGAUUGUGACAUUUUUAGUCUUAACUAAAUAAGCUUCAGCCUGUCAUUCACAUCUCUUUUAAAGUGAAAUACACAUACAUGGAUAACAAAAUGUAAUAAUAAUAAUAUGGAAAGUGAAAUACGGGUAUAUAGGUAACAAUAUGAAGAAAUACAUGUAAUAAAAAUAUAAAAUAACAAAUAAAAAUCAAAAUUCAUCCAAACAUUCCCUUACAACAUUUAUACUAUUCUAUUAUUUUCACAGUUUACUAACUUAAAAGCAUACAGUCUAAAUACGGUAUUUGCUGGGCCAAAAUUGUAAGAAAAUCGUGCAUUGAAUACUGCAAAGUGAUAUAGAUUGUUAAAAUUGAGGUCUUUCAGCUGAUACCGCAAACAUUUUGAGGAUAAUAUCUCUUUAAUUUGCUCAAAUUAAAAAGGAAAAAGAGCAAUUAUUUCAUAAUUCAUCUUUUGGUUCUGAUGUAUUUGAUUCUUCCAAUAUUUCACUAUCACUUUCAUUACCAGUACUAGUUUUAUUUUCCUUUUUCUUCUUUAAUUCUUCUUCUUUUCUCUUCCGUUCGGCUUCUUCAGCAGCUUUUUUCUCACAAUAUCCUGACAUCAGGGACUCAGCUGCUCUCACACCCGAAGUGUAAGCUCCAUGAAGAGUCCCUAAUCCAUCUAAUACAGUAUAAUCCCCAGCAAAAUACAGUCCUGGACAUAAUGGCUCUGAAAACACAUCCCACAUAUCAGCUGUGCUUCCGAUUGGUGGAUAUAUUGUAGCUCCGCCUAUAUGUAAUGAUUUUAACCAAUCAGAUCU